GUAGGCUCUUCACUUCUCACUCUCACUACACUACUUCACUCCUCACUCCUCACUCCUCACUCCUCACUCCUCACUGCUUAGUAGUGGAUAAUUAUAAGAGAGUGAGAGAGCCUACUUGUUCAUUCCUGCUAUAUUAAUGCCUCUUUUUAAGGUACAUUACUAUUAUUAAUAUUAUAAAAUUAUCUCCAUUAUUUUUCCAUUUUCUCCAAAAUGUACUUUCUUUAACUAUAGCGAAAAUUCGUUCACCAAUUUUUAGAUAUAGGCUGACAAAUUAUUUCACCAGCCUUUUUUUUCCCCUUGUCUACUACAAAAAAAAAUGCUUCAAAGAAGCUACAUUGUGCAAAUAUUGGUGCUAUGCUAUGUAUUUGCAUUUGGUUCGUCCAUCCUCAACCUCACUCUCCCGGGUCAGCACCCGGACCCGGAAGCCGUUGCCCGGGAAGUUCAUAGAAAGGUUAAUGUUUCCCUAGCUAGAAGACAUUUACUUGAAGAUGAAGCCUCCAAUUGCAUGACUGGAAAUCCAAUUGACGAUUGCUGGAGAUGCGACCCGAAUUGGCAUAAUAACCGGCAAAGGUUAGCCGAUUGCGGCAUCGGAUUUGGGCAGUAUGCUCUUGGUGGCAAAGGUGGCGAGUUUUACGUAGUCACCGACCCUUCAGAUGAUGAUGCUGUUAAUCCAAAACCUGGUACCCUUCGCUAUGCUGUCAUACGAACUGAACCUCUUUGGAUUGUCUUUGCUUCCAAUAUGGUGAUCCACCUUUCCCAGGAGCUAAUAUUUAACAGUUACAAAACCUUAGACGGCCGAGGGGCGGACGUUCACAUAACGGGAGGAGGAUGCAUAAUGUUACAAUUCAUAAGUAACAUUAUAAUCCACAACAUUCACGUCCACCACUGCUACCAAUCUGGCAACACCAUGGUUAGGUCGAGCCCGACCCAUUACGGUUAUCGGUCUUUAUCCGAUGGCGACGGGAUCUCUGUAUUUGGAUCCAAGGACCUUUGGAUUGACCACUGCUCAUUGUCCCACUGUAAAGAUGGGCUAAUCGACAUCAUAAUGGGUUCAACCGGGAUCACCGUGUCUAACAACCAUUUCUCCCACCACAAUGAGGUCAUGCUACUAGGUCACAGUGACACAUACGAGCCAGAUACAGGAAUGCAGGUAACCGUCGCAUUCAACCAUUUUGGGCCUAAGUUAGUACAGAGGAUGCCAAGGUGUAGGAAAGGGUAUAUACAUGUUGUUAAUAAUGCUUUUGUCCAAUGGGAGAUGUACGCCAUUGGGGGUAGCGGGAAUCCUACCAUCAAUAGUCAGGGGAAUCGUUUCAUUGCUCCUUUUAAUCCUUACGCCAAAGAGGUAACAAAAAGAGUAGAUACAAACGAUAAUAAUUGGAAAGGGUGGAAUUGGAGAUCAGAAGGAGACGAAAUGAUGAACGGUGCGUAUUUUGUGGCGUCUGGGGCAGGAGUCGAAGUCAAAUACGAGAAAGCAUAUAGCGUGGAGCCCAAAUCUGCUGCCAACCUUGACCAGCUCGUCAUGUAUGCUGGUGUUCUCGGUGACAAGAGACAUAGUCUUGGCAAGUGGACUGCUGGACCUGGUGAAAAAACUGGAUUAAAUUCAGACGAUUAUGAUUAUAAUGAUGACUAUGAUGGUGGUACAUCUUCAGUUUCUUCCCCGACAUAUAUCCUUUUAUUUCUUUUAUUGACUAUGUCGUUUCUUUAUUUAUACGCAAUUCCUAUCAUCAACUUUCUAUGACAAACAUCUUGAGAAGAAGCUUCUCAUUUCUUGCUACUUCUAACUUGGACAUUGAUAAGUAAGUGUCAUGUCUCUAGAAUUGUUGUUCAUUUCAUUUUCUUCUGAACAAUAGUGAAUUUUGCUUUUCUUUCUUGCUAAACUUCACUACAAGAAGUGAUAAUUUAGACAAGAUUGAUCCCAAUGUUAAAGUCUUUCUUAGAUAAUAUUUUUAAGACUUUAUCAACUAAA